GGCCUUUUUAAACAACACUAGCGUGGUUUGGUACGGUUGCCCAGAACCACCCACGGCGCUGCAACCUGGCCUCAAACAGCUCCAAACGCCCACAACACCUGCUGGAACAUCCCCCGCAUUAGCCUCCGGACAGCAACAGUCGUCGGCAAUUCACCCUUGAACGAAAGGACAUGCUCCGAGGGGCUUCUUCUAUUGCAUAGUUUGGUUAUCGAAGGCAGAUCUUGAUUCGGUUCAUCGAUUCGGCCAAUUCCAGCUUCUUCUCCGAUUUGCCGGCAACAUGGACUACGAGGCCCUCAAGGACCAGUGGAGCGACGUCGAGGAUCGCGAUGGAAUCAGGUUGAGCUGGAAUACGUUUCCAAGCUCUCGCAUGGAAGCGUCCCGUCUCGUCGUCCCCAUCGGUGCUAUCUACACUCCUCUCAAGGAGAGACCAGAUGCUCCUCUUUUACAAUAUGAGCCAGUGACCUGCAAAGCCCCCUGUCGGGCAGUCUUGAAUCCCUACGCCAAUGUUGACGUCCGCGCUCGCAUUUGGAUCUGUCCCUUCUGCCUCAUGCGCAACCCCCUUCCUCCGCAUUACAAGGAUAUCACAGAGAGCACGAUACCUCCGGAGCUCCACCCCAUGAGCACAACCAUUGAGUACCAACUGGCUCGCCCCGCCCCCGCCCCUCCCAUCUUCGUGUUUGUUGUCGACACAUGCCAGGACGAGGACAGCCUGAAGGCUGUAAAGGACUCUUUGAUUAUGAGCUUGUCUCUGCUGCCUCCCAAUGCUCUGGUCGGGUUGGUUACCUUUGGCACUAUGGCACAAGUUCACGAGCUCGGAUACGCCGAGUGCGCCAAAUCCUACGUCUUUAGGGGUAGCAAGGACUACAACGCGAAGCAAGUGCAGGAAAUGCUUGGGCUCGCCUCUGGAGUCCGUCCGAAUGUGCCGAACAUACCCCAACAGCCUGCUCGCCCACCACUUGGCGCUGCGGCACGAUUCCUCCUCCCCGUUCAACAAGCGGAGUUCCAAAUCACAAACAUGCUCGAGCAGCUGCAGCGUGACCCAUGGCCUGUAGCCAACGACAAACGCCCCCUGAGGUGCACUGGCGUUGCCCUCAGUGUCGCUGUCGGUCUUCUCGAAUCAUCCUUUCAGAAUGCGGGAGCUCACAUCAUGCUCUUUACAAGCGGACCGGCAACUGAGGGCCCAGGUCUAGUCGUUAGCCCUGAACUGAAGGAGCCCAUUCGCUCCCAUCACGACAUUGACCGCGAUAAUAUCAAGUACUAUAAAAAGGCAUUGAAGUACUACGAUGCCUUGGCCAAGCGCGCUGCCAACAAUGGCCACGUAAUCGACGUAUUUGCAGGAUGCCUUGACCAAGUCGGUCUUUUGGAAAUGAAGAACCUUGCCAACUACACUGGAGGUCAUAUGCUGCUCACUGACAGCUUCACAUCAUCUCAGUUCAAGCAAUCUUUCGUCCGAGUCUUUGACAAGGACGCAAACGACAACCUUCUCAUGGGAUUCAAUGCAUCCCUCGAGGUUCUUACAACAAAGGAGCUCAAGGUUACUGGGCUUAUUGGCCAUGCUGUUUCUCUCAACAAGAAAUCGAGCUCCGUGGGUGAGACAGAGUGCGGUAUUGGCAACACUUGUGCUUGGAAGAUGUGUGGCAUUGACCCAUCAUCAAGCUACGGUAUCUAUUUCGAAAUCGCCAACCAAGGCGGACCUGCAGCUGUGCAACAAGGACCUCAGCGGGGCAUGAUGCAGUUCUUGACUUACUACCAACAUUCGUCCGGACAUUUCCACCUCCGUGUCACAACUGUCGCACGAAACCUGAGCGGUCCCGCUGGAGAUCCUACCCUCGCACAGUCCUUUGACCAGGAGGCUGCCGCGGUCCUCAUGGCGCGUAUUGGUGUCUUCAAGGCUGAGGUUGAUGACGGCCCAGAUGUUCUUCGAUGGGUUGAUCGCAUGCUCAUCCGACUUUGCUCGCGCUUUGCGGAUUACCGCAAGGAUGACCCGACUUCAUUCAGACUCGAGAAGAACUUUACCCUGUACCCUCAGUUCAUGUUCCACCUCCGUCGCAGCCAGUUCCUGCAGGUCUUCAACAACUCACCCGAUGAGACCGCUUUCUACCGCCACGUCCUGAACCAUGAGGACGUCGGCAACUCCCUUAUCAUGAUUCAACCGACACUAGAUUCAUACUCCUUGGAGCACGAAGGGAGUCAACCAGUCUUGCUGGAUUCGGCUUCCAUCCAACCCUCACACAUCCUCCUUUUGGACACAUUUUUCCACAUUCUUAUCUUCCAUGGAGAGACCAUUGCCGAAUGGCGAAAGGCAGGAUACCAAGAUCAGGAGGGAUACGAGAACCUCAAGACCCUUCUUGAGACACCAAAGGAAGACGCGAGGGAACUUAUCUCUGAUCGUUUCCCGCUGCCCCGAUUCAUCGUUUGCGAUGCCGGUGGCUCCCAAGCGCGUUUCCUUUUGUCCAAGCUCAACCCAUCCACGACACAUACGACAGGAGGUUAUGGUGGAGGUGUGACGUCGCAGACAAUCUUCACCGACGAUGUUUCUUUGCAGACCUUUAUGGACCACCUUAUGAAGCUUGCGGUCACUGGAACGAACUAGGUGACACGAGGUAAUGGCGAUUACGAGAGCCAUAGGCGGCCCUACGUCGGUCCUCGGAUCGUGUGUAUCUUUAGCGGUGAUUUCUUUCGCUUUGUUACCCCGAAAUAUAUCAACUACGUACUCUUUAGAUUUGAGCUCUGUGUAAUAUUUACUGUUGAGGAAGGAGCGAAGGGCUUUCUGAGAUUUCCACAAGAGCCUCAUCUUCGAAAUGCUUCUUCGAACUUGAACAUCCUUCUUACCGUGAAUUGCCACUGUAUUAGCAUUUUAGUUCGAUAUAGAAUUACCAUCAUUCCUUUAAGCCCGAUUAUGUCACUGAUUGCAUAUCACGUGAUUAUGGGCUAUGCCCUAUUCACUUUCCAAAUCGGGAUGCUCGAAAUUCGGCGGGAUGGUCAAAAUUUGGCGGGCUCGCUUAGUCCUUUAGCUCCGUCCUGUCCAAACCGUUAAACUUCUGGGAGCUUUUCUUCUUCUUCUUCUCCGUGUCAACCCCUUCAACAACAGAACCAAGGCAGAUCGACAACCUUUCGCACUCGCCAUGCGUAAGUAUCAUCUCCUUGGGUUUAUUCGCCAUGGCGACUAACAUAUUUCCCAUUGGGUAGCUCCUAAGUUCGACCCCAAUGAG